AGCUGCACGCGCGGCUCUUGGGCUCCCAGCUCCCUUAUGGCUGGCUCUUCUUCCCGGCUCCGAGGCAUGAUCUCGGCUGCCUCUCUGCUUGCUUGCAGACGGCAGCCUCUUCCGGGGAAUGCCUGGAGGAGGCAGCUUCCAGCCAGUUUUCCAGCACUUUAGCUGCAUGGGACCAGCAUGGCUAUGAGAGCCAGUCAAGAAGACUUUGAAAGGGCAAAGAGGCAAGUGAAAGAUUUGAAGGAGGAUCCAGGAAAUGAAGUGAAACUAAAACUCUAUGCACUUUUUAAACAGGCUACAGAGGGGUCGUGUACCUCACCAAAGCCAGGAAUGCUUGACUUUGUCAACAAGGCCAAAUGGGAUGCGUGGCACGCUCUUGGAAGCUUGCCUAAGGACACUGCGAGACAGAAUUAUGUGGAUUUAGUAUCAAAUCUGGUUUCCUCUCAAUCCUUAAGCCAAGAGAAGAUUUCUAAUGGUGGGAAGUCUGAAUAUGAAACCCUGUUAGUCACAAGGGAAGGCAAUAUUACAAAGAUCAUGUUUAACCGCCCCACCAAGAAAAAUGCCAUAAAUAGUAAGAUGUAUGAUGAAAUUAUGCUAGUCCUCGAAGCUGCAGGCAAGGAUGAUUCGCUCCUAACUGUUUUCACAGGAAAUGGUGAUUGUUACUCCAGUGGGAAUGACUUAAGUCAAGCUAUGAAUAUUCUAUCAGAUGAGCUUGAAAAGAUAAUUAAAGAAAGUACUGUGAAACUGAGGAAAUUUGUUGAUCAUUUUAUAGAUUUCCCCAAGCCCCUAGUUGCAGUGGUAAAUGGCCCAGCUGUAGGAAUCUCAGUUACACUUCUUGGGUUGUUUGAUAUUGUAUAUGCAACUGACAGGGCAACAUUUCACACACCAUUUAUUCAACUAGGCCAGAGCCCAGAAGCAUGUUCCUCUUAUACCUUUCCAAAGAUAAUGGGUCCAGCCAAGGCAGCUGAAAUGCUUAUUUUUGGAAAGAAGUUGACAGCCCGAGAAGCUUAUGCUCAACGACUUGUUACCGAAGUUUUUCCAGAUAGCACUUUUCAGAAAGAAGUUUGGACCAGGUUGAAGGCAUACUCACAACUUCCUCCAAAGGCUAUGAUGUCUUCAAAACAGUUACUUCGAAGUUUCGAAAAAGAGACACUGCACAAAGUUAAUCUUGAAGAAUGUACUUUACUUUAUGAAAGAUUCUUCUCUAAUGAAUGCCUAAAUGCCAUUGUAAACUUCGCCAAUAAAAAGUCAAAACUCUGAUUGUUUUGAAAAUGAAGAUCAAAUAUUUCUGAAUCCAUAAUUAAUUUCCUCUUGUUUAAGAUACAUGGACUAAACUCAGGUUGCCUUUUGCCAUUAUUAAACUAUUGUUCUGAUAACUAUAUUUCAUGGUAGACCCAGAUAAUUGUGUUAAAUGUUCUUUAGAGCUUCAGCAAAAUUGUUUUCUGUAAUUGCUUACAUUUCUUAUUUUUCGACAUGAAUUUAUGGUACCAAUAACACUGUAGCCUUGUGCCUGGAACAUCAGCAGGAAAAGCAGACACUGCUCUACAAGCUGAAAUCAUAUUCUCGUAUAUAAUUAGAGCACCUUGUCGUCCCAGAGUAGUGACUGAUUCAAUAGGGCCAAAUACUAACAGCUCUUCUGUAACUGAUUUUUGAUUCAGUGAUGGUUUCAUGCUUCUUUCCAGCCAUCUAAUAUAAGAAUAAAAAGAGAAAAUUAUGUUACCAAAAAACAUUAACUUAACAAUAGUUAUUCACAGUGUAAUAAAGAGAAUAAAAGCAAAAUGGACACUAUGA